ACAGACACUGUAGAAGAUGAAAUGGAAAUGGCCACCGUGCGGCAUCGGCCUGAGGCUCUUGAACAGUUGGAAGCACAAAGCAAAUUCACAAAGAAGGAACUUCAGGUUCUCUACAGAGGUUUCAAGAAUGAAUGUCCCAGUGGGAUUGUUAAUGAAGAGACCUUCAAAGAGAUUUACUCUCAGUUUUUUCCACAGGGAGAUUCCACAACUUAUGCACAUUUUCUGUUUAAUGCAUUUGACACUGAUCACAAUGGAUCUGUGAGUUUUGAGGAUUUUAUUAGGGGUCUCUCUAUUUUACUCAGAGGCACAGUACAAGAAAAGCUCAACUGGGCCUUUAAUUUAUAUGACAUAAAUAAAGAUGGCUAUAUAACCAAGGAGGAAAUGCUUGAUAUUAUGAAAGCUAUAUAUGAUAUGAUGGGAAAAUGUACUUAUCCUGUUGUCAAAGAGGAUGCACCUAGACAACAUGUGGAAACAUUUUUCCAGAAAAUGGACAAGAAUAAGGAUGGAGUAGUUACCAUAGAUGAAUUCAUUGAAAGCUGCCAAAAAGAUGAAAACAUAAUGCGUUCCAUGCAGCUCUUUGAAAAUGUGAUAUAACAUGGCUAGCACUGCAAUUAAUGGACAA